CUUAAGGAGCUGUACUGGGGGGAGGACAGGGGCAAGGCCUGGCCCAGGGUGGGAACAUGGAGCCAGCCGGGUCCCUGCGGCGUGGGGGCGAACAGAGCUGGUGGGGUAGUGCUCCCCAGUACCAGUAUAUGCCCUUUGAACACUGCACCAGCUACGGACUGCCCUCCGAGAAUGGGGCCCUUCAGCACAGGCUCCGGAGGGAUGCAGGCCCCCGUGCCAACACCCGCCCCACACAGAUUUAUGGCCAUUACAAACAGCAAUUCUCAGACAAGGAGCAGGAUCCAGGGGUGCCCAAGAAGACAGGCUCCAGUGAGAGCGUGGACAGCAAGGAUGAGGAUCACUAUUCUAAAUGUCAAGGCUGUGUCCAUCGCCUGGGACAUGUGGUGAGAAGAAAAUUGGGAGAAGACUGGAUCUUUCUGGUGCUCCUGGGACUGCUUAUGGCUCUGGUUAGCUGGAGCAUGGAUUAUGUCAGUGCCAAAAGCCUUCAGGCCUACAAGUGGACCUAUUACCAGAUGCAGCCCAACCUGCCUCUGCAGUACCUGGUCUGGGUCACCUUCCCGCUAACUCUCAUCCUCUUCAGCGCCCUCUUCUGCCACCUCAUCUCUCCCCAGGCUGUAGGCUCUGGGAUCCCUGAAAUGAAGACAAUACUCCGUGGGGUGAUCCUGAAAGAGUAUCUCACCCUCAAGGCCUUUGUGGCCAAGGUUGUGGCCUUGACUGCAGGGCUGGGCAGUGGCAUUCCUGUAGGGAAGGAGGGCCCUUUUGUUCACAUUGCCAGCAUCUGUGCCGCUGUCCUCAGCAGGUUUAUGUCAAUGUUCUGUGGCGUCUAUGAGCAGCCAUACUAUUACACUGACAUGCUGACGGUGGGCUGCGCGGUAGGAGUCGGCUGUUGUUUUGGGACGCCGCUUGGAGGAGUGCUGUUCAGCAUAGAGGUCACCUCUACCUACUUUGCUGUGCGGAACUACUGGCGAGGAUUCUUUGCGGCCACGUUCAGCGCCUUUGUUUUCCGCGUGCUGGCUGUGUGGAACAAGGAUGCGGUCACCAUCACUGCCCUCUUCAGAACCAAUUUCCGAAUGGAUUUCCCCUUUGACCUGCAGGAGCUCCCAGCCUUCGCCAUCAUCGGGAUUUGCUGUGGCUUCCUGGGAGCCGUAUUUGUGUACCUGCAUCGCCAAGUCAUGCUCGGUGUCCGAAAGAACAAGGCCCUCAGCCAAUUUCUGGCGAAGCACCGCCUGCUGUAUCCCGGAAUAGUCACUUUCAUCAUCGCCUCAUUCACCUUUCCACCAGGAAUGGGUCAAUUCAUGGCUGGAGAGUUGAUGCCUCGUGAAGCCAUCAGUACCCUGUUUGACAACAACACUUGGGUAAAGCAUGUGGGCGACCCUGAAAGCCUGGGCCGGUCGGCUGUGUGGAUCCACCCACAGGUCAACGUGGUCAUCAUCAUCUUCCUCUUCUUUAUCAUGAAGUUCUGGAUGUCCAUCGUGGCCACCACUAUGCCCAUACCCUGCGGAGGCUUCAUGCCUGUGUUUGUGCUAGGAGCUGCAUUUGGAAGGCUGGUAGGAGAGAUCAUGGCCAUGCUAUUCCCUGAUGGUAUACUAUUUGAUGACAUCAUCUACAAGAUCCUACCCGGGGGCUAUGCAGUAAUUGGGGCAGCAGCGCUGACUGGUGCAGUAUCCCACACAGUCUCCACAGCUGUGAUUUGCUUCGAAUUAACGGGUCAGAUUGCCCACAUCUUACCCAUGAUGGUGGCUGUCAUCUUGGCCAACAUGGUGGCUCAGAGCCUGCAGCCCUCCCUCUAUGACAGCAUCAUCCAGGUCAAGAAGCUACCGUACUUGCCUGACCUUGGUUGGAACCAGCUCAGCAAAUUUACCAUCUUUGUUGAGGACAUCAUGGUACGUGAUGUGAAGUUUGUUUCAGCUACUUGCACGUAUGGGGAAUUGCAAAACCUGCUCCAGACCACCACAGUCAAGACUUUACCACUGGUUGAUUCAAAAGAUUCAAUGAUCCUGCUGGGCUCUGUGGAGCGCUCAGAGCUGCAGUCCCUCCUGCAGCACCACCUGUGCCCUGAGCGGAGGCUGUGGGCAGCCCAGGACAUGGCCCGGAAGCUGUCUGAGCUGCCCUUCGAUGGGAAGCUUCGGCCAGCUGGCAAGGGGCACCAAGACAUCUCACCCGAGGGCCGGAGGGAGUCCUUUGCCUUUGUGGAUGAGGAUGAAGAUGACGACGUCUCUGGGAAGCCUGAGCUGCCGCCUCCCCCUCCUCCUCACCCCUUUCCUACUGCCCCAUUGUCCCCCGAAGAGUCCAAUGGGCCCCUGCCCAGCCACAAACAGCAGCCAGAAGCCCCGGAGCCUGCAGGUCAAAGACCCUCUGCCUUUCGGUCCCUGCUGCGCUGCUUACUGGGCAGACCUCGCCCCACGAAGAAGAAAACAACCCAGGAGUCAACGGAUUUAGUGGACAACAUGUCACCUGAAGAGAUUGAGGCCUGGGAGCAGGAGCAGCUGAGCCAGCCUGUCUGUUUUGACCACUGCUGCAUUGACCAAUCUCCCUUCCAGCUGGUGGAGCAGACAUCACUGCACAAGACCCACACGCUGUUCUCUCUCCUCGGCCUCCACCUCGCUUAUGUGACCAGCAUGGGGAAGCUCAGGGGCGUGCUGGCGCUGGAAGAGCUGCAGAAGGCCAUUGAGGGGCACACCAAGUCUGGGGUGCAGCUCCGUCCUCCCCUCGCCAGCUUCCGGAGCACAACUUCGACUCGGAAGAACCCCGGGGGCCUGCCCCCUCCCACGGAGGCCUGGAGCCUGCCUGAGGAUGGAACUGGGGCUGCUGGGGCAGGGGACGGGGCUCCCGCCUCCCCAGAGAGCCCUGUGCCCUCCCCCUCCCCACAGCCCCCGUUCUUGGUGGCUCCAGACAAGGUGGAGGGCGAGCUGGAGGAGCUGGAGCUGGUGGGGAGUCCGGGGCCGGAGGAGGAGCUGGCUGACAUCCUGCAGGGCCCCAGUCUGCGAUCCACUGAUGAGGAGGAUGAGGACGAGCUGAUCCUUUGACCAC